AUCUGUAGCAUCGAUCUGAAACACAAGGGGGCCGAGUACUCCGACGAUAAGAUUCUCGAUAAACAGUUAAGGUAGUGCAAACGGGCGGAACACAUCGACUUAACCUGUAUUAAAUAACUCUUUUCCAAGAUAAAGACGUUUGGUAGUUGACUAAUCAUUAUCAACAAUUUUAUUUGAUCGUUUCAUGGAAAUCUAAUUUGUGCAAUUCAUGGUGACAAUUCUUCCUACUUUUAUUUAUAUUCCAUCCAUAUCUCCACUACCUUUAUCUCCUGUAUCUCCUCUGAACAUAACAGGCUACUUUUACUCAAGAGUGCGUCGUUAAUGUACACUGAGAAAAAUAUUUCCGAAAUUUAUUUCGCAACAUCUUCGUCCGUCAAAUUCAUGAGGACGUUCAAACGAUGGCAAUUUACCUAGAAAUUUUCUGCGGAAUCGCAGCCCUAUGUUUGGCGUUUUACUAUUACUUCAUCACAGUCCUCGAUUUUUGGAAAGUUCGAGGUGUUCCCGGACCACAACCAAUCCCAGUACUGGGUAACAUCAAGGAUGUUAUGUUAAUGAGAAUGUCGAUGAGCGAUUACUUGAAGAAAGUUUACGAUGAAUACAAACAUGAACCUAUGGUCGGAAUAUUUACCAGAAAAACGCCUAUAUUACUUCUUCAUGACCCAGAACUUAUUAAGGACAUUCUGAUAAAGGACUUUUCUAAAUUUGCUGAUCGAGGACUUCCUGUUCACGAAAAGGCAGAACCCCUAUCUCCGCAUAUCUUCAAUCUAGAAGCAAAAAGAUGGCGACCGCUAAGAUCAAGACUCUCACCAGUCUUCACAUCAGGAAAAAUAAAAGAUAUGUUCCCACUCAUAUUAGAAUGCGCUGAUCAUUUGGAACAAUAUCUAGAGAAGGUUGUUGCAAGAGGAGAGCCCGUUGAAUGUCGCGAAUUAACAGCAAAAUACACAACGGAUGUGAUUGGUAGCUGUGCCUUUGGUAUUGAAAUAAAUGCGAUAUCCGAUGAAGAAAGCGAAUUUCGUCGAGUGGGUAGAACGGUAUUUGCUAUCAAUUGGAAGCAACUUCUGCGAUUCCGAGCUAGACAAAUGUUUCCACGACUGUACAAUUGGCUCGGUUAUAUACUACCACCGACAGAGAUAACGACCUUCUUCACUAAGGUCAUCGUAGACACGAUAAAGUACAGAGAAAAUAAUAAUGUUACCAGACCUGACUUUGUUAAUAUGCUUAUGGAACUCAAGAAACAUCCAGAUAAAUUGGAAAAUAUUAAGUUAACAGAUAGUUUACUGACUGCUCAAGCUUUCGUUUUCUUUGUCGCUGGUUUUGAAACCUCUUCAACAGCAAUUAGCAAUGCUCUGUACGAAUUAGCCUUGAAUCCUGAAGUACAGAUUAAACUGCGACAAGAAAUCAGGGAAUUUUAUGAUAAAAAUGAUGGCAAAUUGAAAUAUGAUGAAAUAAAGGAUAUGGCGUAUCUGGAUUUAGUGUUUAAAGAAACCUUAAGAAAAUAUCCACCUGGACCACUCUUAUUGAGAAAGUCAAUAUGCAAUUAUACUUUUGAAGGUACAAAGGUCACGAUACCAAAGAAAACAUUUGUGUGGGUACCAAUAUAUCCUAUUCAUCGGGAUCCUGAUAUUUACCCAAAUCCUGAUGCUUUUAUUCCUGAGAGAUUUACUGAGGAAGCGGUAGCGAGCAGACACCCUAUGCAUUAUUUACCCUUUGGUGAUGGGCCAAGGAAUUGCAUUGGAGCACGAUUUGCAGUCUAUCAAUCCAAAGUUGGACUUAUAAAAAUACUUCGUAAUUACAAAAUUGAUGUUUGCGAGAAAACUAUGAUUCCUUAUCAAAUUGACCCAGCCGCUUUCUUAUUGGCGCCGAAAGGAGGAAUAUAUUUAAAAAUAACAAAAGUAGAGAGUUAAUAUAAAAUUUAAGUAACAAAA